UAUUUCCAAUAGUUGUUGGUCUUCUACGUUUUGACAAAGAGAGAGUUCUGUAAAAACCGGUGAACGCCGGCUAGUCAUUCUUGAUUCAUUCGUAAUUUAGAGCUCGUCGUUAGAAGUUGAGAUCUACAGAUUAUUCUCCAGUUUCAUUGGAAAUUACAGAUAAAAUCAUUCACAAUGCCAGUCCCAGCACUUCAAAAGCCAGCUCCAUGCUUCAAAGGAAUGGCCGUUGUUAACGGGCAAUUCAAGGAGAUUUCUCUUUCCGACUACAAGGGCAAAUAUGUCAUUCUAUUUUUCUACCCUCUGGAUUUCACCUUUGUUUGUCCAACGGAAAUUAUUGCAUUUUCCGAUCGUGCCCAGGAAUUCCGUGAUAUUGGCUGUGAAUUGGUUGCAGCCUCGACUGACUCUCAUUUCUGUCAUCUUGCAUGGGUGAAUACACCCCGUAAACAAGGUGGUCUUGGCGAAAUGAAUAUUCCCCUUCUUGCCGAUAAGAGUUCGAAAGUUUCCCGCGACUAUGGUGUUCUCGAUGAGGAAAGUGGUAUUCCCUUCCGGGGACUUUUUAUCAUCGAUGAUAAGCAGAAUUUGAGGCAAAUUACAAUCAAUGAUCUCCCCGUGGGAAGAUCCGUGGAUGAAACAUUGCGUUUAGUACAAGCAUUCCAAUUCACUGAUAAAAAUGGUGAAGUUUGUCCAGCUAACUGGAAACCAGGAAAGAAAUCCAUGAAACCAGAUGUUAAGGGAUCAAAAGAAUACUUUGAAAGUGCUUAAAAUGAUCUUAAAUUAUUUUAGUGUGACCAUAUUCUCCAUAUCACAAUGUCUGUUAUUUUCCUAUUAGUACAAAAUAAGUUCUAAGGAACUUUAAAGUUUUUUUUUUAUUUAUAGUAAAUAGAAGAGAAAAAGAGAAAUCGCAUAUUUGUGUACUGCGAUAUUUUGACAUUUUAAUGUUUUUUUUGCGUCUCUAAAUAAAAAAAAUCGGUCUUUUGUAAUAAAAAAAAAAACAUGACUUUUUAUAUUUGUCAAAUAAAUACUCACCUUUAUCUUUUAA